AUGAACUCAACAUUGGUCAUAGUUAAAACGUCAAAAUUUAAAGGCUGUUGUUUUAUAGAUGAGGAAACAGGGACUUUCCUGAUCCUCUUGGUGGCAAACCUGAUCCUGUGGGAGAGGAAGGGCUCUGUGCCCCUGAAUGCUAGUGAGAGAGCCUUCAGUGAUGAUACCUUCAAGGACCUUUUUGAUUAUGCACCUUCUGACAACAUCACUAAGCUUGCCCUAGACUGCUGCAUGGAAUUUUUUGAAGACUAUUUGGAUAUGACACUCAUCAUAUUGCUUGCUUGGGAAGCUCUGAAACACUUAGUGACAGAACUCAGUGUUAUGCCACGAGUCCCUGAUGCUAUCCUAUCAAGAGUCAGAAUCACUGAAGCCCAUAAAUACCUUCUAGAUAACAUCACAAGGAUCAUAUCUGAGUUUGCUUCUUGUAUGUUCUCCUACUGCCUGCACAUUGAGCUAGAAGUACUUAAUUUUUAUUUCAACUUCCUGAGAUGUCUACUUGCUCAUGGUGAAUGUUGCUACUCCUCAACAUUUUGA